AUGUUAUUCAGUUUAGAUGGUUUUUAAUAUCUUAAAACAAUGACUUUCAUAAACUAAUAAACCUUUGGUAUGAUGACCCAAUAGAAAAGGUAUAGUUAGUAGAAUUAAGUUAAGCAUGUCCUGAUGGCACUUAGCAAGAAAAAAUUAUGUACAAGUUUAGAGGUACAAGCGGAUUAUGUUCUUGUGAUAGGCAAACAGAAUAAGUAUAGCAUAAUACAUCAGCAAAUAUCACAUACUCUGAAUGCUCUAAUCUUAAAUGCAGUAAUUCUACCAAGAUUCAGAAGUUUAAUGCUAUUCCAUCUUCAUCUCUGUUCUACUUAUUUGAGUCUGAUAAAAAUGUCACUUACAAGCUAUGCACGAGUAGAAUUUAAGGCUAUUCAUUUGCUGAAAAGGCUCCUAUAGAUUAGAAAUGCGGAUCAAAUGAGCAAUACUGCAGUUGGAAUAGAACAAUAAACGGAGAAUUCGAUGUAAAUUAUGGAUAUUGUAUUCCUUAAGAUAGAGAGUGUUUUUCAUAAGCUGUUUAAUUAUCAAAUGUCAAUACUAAUUAAUCAUAACUACCUUUGGUAGCAUUUUCUUUAGAUGAUUAACCUUCUAAAUUGA